AUGAGGCGCACAUCUUUUGUGUCCUCCUCAGAAAGUCUUGUAAAUAUUGUCUCUGCUUUGACGGAAAAACGGAAGGAUCUUGUGAAACUGAGUGCGCUUCUAGCUUCACCAUCGCCACCACUUCACUCCUUGUCCUUUGCUCCGCCUCCUAGAUGGGCUGCGGAGCUUUCAAGAAGACUUCAAAAACAAUUUCCUGAACUUCAACGACAGCAUCAUGUUCUCUAUAUGCGUGCCUUUAUACAUCCUAGUUUUACCACACCUGACGCGGUGACCUCAACAAUGAGUGCAACAACUUCUCUAGGUGAGGCUUUGCUGGCGUAUGUUGGGGGAUGUUUGAUUGUAAACGUUUUUAGAGAUCUGAAACGCGAUGAAGUACUCCUAUUAAUGUCAUUUUUAUUAUCGGAUGCCACCCUUAGUUCUAUCUUGCGAUACCAAUGGGAAAUGGAUGAUAUGCUGCUCACAGAUGCUUCAGUACAGCUAUUUCAGGGGUCCACACUAAGAUCUACAGCGGGUUUACUACAGUGGCUGUCAUCGAAUGGAAAGCAGCAAACCCCUGACCCUUAUUCUGCGGGGUGUGUGAAGUCUCUGAUUGGAGCUGUUUAUCUAGAUGGAGGUUUAGAAGCGGCAACAUCAUUUAUUUACAAUCAUAUUUUGCAGAAUGUGGACUAA